GGCUGGUUUCUGUGGACAAGGGCAAACCGUCAGUGUCAGCGUUGUUUUUGUGCCUGACGGUCAAACAUGGCGAGGCUGUUGAGGUUAAACAUCAGGAGUUUUGUCACAUCCCAGCUGAGAAUGUCCUCCGAUCAGCUGGGUGAGCUGGGAAAAGGUGCGGGAAAAGGCGGAGGCGGCGGCGGCUCCAUCAGGGAGGCGGGCGGCGCCAUGGGGAAGAAGCAAGCUGCUGAGGAGGAAAUGUAUUUCAAGCGGAAAGAGCAGGAGCAGCUGGCGGCCCUGAAGCAGCAUCACCUGGAAGAAAUCGAUCACCACAAGAAGGAGAUCGAGCGCCUGCAGCGAGAGAUUGAUCGCCACAAGGGAAAGAUCAGGAAGCUGAAGCAUGACGACUAAGUGGAGCAGUCCAAAAAAAUUACAUUUAUUUUCCUUUGCCUUUAUUCAUAACACCUGUUGCUGCAUGCAUUUACCAGGCAGGACAUGAAUGUGUGGAAGUUGCUGUUGACUGAAAGUUAUUAAAUCUCCUCAUCUACUGAUGUUUUGGUUGAUUGCUGUAGUAACAACAUUGCAAUUUCUGAUCAGUGCAUUUUAUGUUUCAGAUCACAAACUGUCAUGAAGUACAGUUAAAACUGUGUUUGUCAACAUGAGCUUUUUGCAUCGUUUAAAUAAAUAAAAUUGUGCAUUAAACUGCAAGUUUGAAACACUUAAA